CCCUUAACGGCUGAGAUUAUCCAAAUUUUCUAAAUCUCCCAAAACCCAAAACUCUUUCUUCUCCAUUUCGCCGUGCAACAUCAAAAACCCUAGAAUCAAUGGCGCUACUCACUCGAAUCCGCUCGUCGGCCUCUCUCCUCCGCCACCUCAACCCCUCCCCUCAAAUCCGCUCUCUCUCCUCCGCCUCAUCGAUCCUCUCACCCGAUUCCAAAACCCCACUCACCAGCAAGCAAAAGAGCAAAACCGCUCUCUCUCUCCUCAAAACCGAGAAAGAUCCAGACCGCAUCCUCGAGAUCUGCCGCGCCGCUUCCCUCACUCCCGAUUGCCACAUCGAUCGCCUCGCUUUCUCCGCCGCGGUCCAAAACCUGACGGAGAACAAACACUUCUCCGCCGUGACGAAUCUCCUCGACGGAUUGCUCGAGAAUCGCCCCGAUCUCAAAACGGAGCGUUUCGCCGCUCACGCGAUCGUUCUCUACGCUCAGGCCAACAUGCUUGACCACUCUCUACGCGUCUUCAGCGAUCUCGAGAAGCUGGAGAUCCAACGCACGGUGAAGUCUCUAAACGCUCUGCUCUUUGCUUGCUUGGUAGCUAAAGAUUACAAGGAAGCCAAACGUGUUUACAUUGAGAUCCCUAAGAUGUACAAAAUCGAACCCGAUCUCGAAACUUACGACCGUAUGAUCAAAGUGUUCUGUGAGUCCGGCUCCUCGAGCUCCUCUUACUCCAUCGUUGCGGAGAUGGAGAGGAAAGGGAUCAAGCCCACGAGUUCCACCUUUGGUUUAAUGAUUGCUGGGUUCUACAGAGAGGAUAAGAAGGAAGAUGUAGGGAAAGUGUUGGCGAUGAUGAAAGAGCGCGGCGUUAGCAUCGGUGUUUCCACUCAUAACGUUCGGAUCCAGAGUUUGUGUAAGAGGAAGAGAUCUGGAGAAGCAAAGGCUUUGCUUGAUGGGAUGUUGUCUUCAGGGAUGAAGCCGAACGCUGUCACGUAUGGUCAUUUGAUUCAUGGGUUUUGUAACGAAGGUGAGUUUGACGAGGCCAAGAAGCUGUUUAAGGCUAUGGUGAACAGAGGGUGUAAGCCUGAUAGUGAGUGUUACUUCACUUUGGUGUAUUACUUGUGUAAAGGUGGAGACUUUGAGGCGGCUUUGAGUCUUUGUAAGGAGAGUAUGGAGAAGAAUUGGGUUCCGAGUUUCGGUAUCAUGAAGUCGCUUGUUAACGGACUAGCGAAGGAUUCGAAAGUGGAAGAAGCAAAAGAGCUUAUUGCGCAAGUUAAAGAGAAGUUCACUAGAAACGUCGAGUUGUGGAAUGAAGUUGAAGCAGCAUUGCCUCAGUGAAUGAAAGAUUAGAUAAGGCCUUUACCGAUUCCCAGAUCGGUACUUUCAAAUUUACAUUCUAUUUCUCUCUUUACAGGUGUCUGAAUAUCUUUACUUGUCAGCAUGAAAUAAGAGAUAAGUGUUAUCUUUUGAGCAUUGAUCUUGGCAGCUAUAGACAACUCUGUUUUAUUCUGGCUCAUGCUUGUUUUUUUCAGACAGAAUCAUGAAAUUGGUCAUAGGUUUCUCUAUUAGUUUUGGUUUUUGGAUCAGAGAUUGAUCUUAUCUGUAUGAUUGGUCAAAGCAUUGAAACGGUUUUAGCCUGUCAACACUCAAUCGUAUGCCACAUAUGUGUUUAUAUUA